AUGGCCCUCCAGGGGUUUGGCAAGGCGCCCAGAUUUUCCUUUUCUGUGGUGUAUGUGGAUGAUAACACAGCGAAAGUCAACACUGGAUUUUACGCAGGUACCAUUUUGUCGUCGUCUGUACUGGGACCAGCAGUUGCGUUUCUAUUGGGCGGAGUCUUCAGUCGGAUGUACGUCACACUGGAAGCGACACAACUGACGCCACGUCAUCCAAACUGGAUCGGUGCCUGGUGGUUGGGCUACAUCGUGUUUGGGGUAGCCUCCCUGGUGGUGGCGGUUCCUCUCUUCUGUUUCCCGCGGAAACUGCCAAGAAAGAAUGUCAAGGACACACAUAAUCUUCAAAUUCCAGCCCCGCUGUUGCAUUUAUUACAAGUCAUGGUUCCUGUUUUCCUAGAAUUCCUGGCGUCCUUGUAUCGACUGUUGGUGAAUCCACUUUACGUGUUCCUGCUGAUCUCCGCUGUUUCCAUCAUCUUUACGGCUGCCGGAAACAUGUCAUUCUUCUCCAAAUACCUGGAGCGGAUGUUUCAUCUGCCGGUCCACGUGGCCAACUAUACCACAUCCGGCGUGGUGUUAUGUACAUCGUGUUUCGGAACUUUUAUCGGCGGUUUCUUGAGCAGUCGUAUGAAGAUGACAGCAAAGACGUGUCUCAAGUUCCUGCUGGUGAUGACAGCAUUAUGUUUCGCUUUCCAGAUCAUGGUUUUUAUCUUUCAUUGUGAGCAGCCAACAGUUCACAACAGGCCAGGCGAGGAGAACGUCUGCAACAGGGGAUGUAACUGCAGGGACAACAGUUACUUCCCCAUCUGUGGAGACGAUGGCAGGACCUACUACUCUCCUUGUCACGCCGGAUGUCUCCAGGCGGAGCAUGGGAUCUACCAGAACUGCUCAUGUGUGGCCGGGGGAAGAGCUUCAGGUGGUACUUGCUACUAUAGCUGUUCGCAUCUCUAUGGUUACGUCGUUGCUGCAGGAAUGAGAAAUCUUUUCAUGUUUUUGGGCGUCAUGCCGAAGUUUGUCGUCUUCAUCAGGUGUGUUCCGGAAAGGGAUCGAUCAAUGGCUCUAGCGGUGUUACCGCUCAUAGCGGCAAUUUUUGGCUGGAUGUUAGCGCCAAUCGUCUUCGGCAACGCCAUCGACCAGGCCUGUCUUAUUUGGGACAUCAACUGUCUCACCAGGGGGCGUUGUCUUCUGUAUGACAACAACCAGUUUCGGGUUACAUUCAACGGCUACGGGGCUCUAGGAGCGGCUGGUUCCCUGGUGUUUGUAGUGAUUGCCUACCUGUACGCAAGGUGGUCCAGGUGUUUGGAGGAAGGUGUUCAAACCGUGAUCGCUCACGAGGUAGAGGAAAUCAAGUUCGUUGUUAAAGAUAGUACUGUGAACAUUUAA